ACAAUCCAUCAGCGACUUGCAUGCUGCUUAACGCCUCAACCACCACCACCAUGUUUCUUGAGUGUAGAUUUUUGUCGGCUUUGCAUUUGUCGGCUUUGCAUUUUAAAUGUUCAUUUCUUGGUGAGGCCUCCCUCUAAUUACCAAACCUUCAGAAGCAGACACAUCAUAUUUGGUUUUGCACAUUUUUUAUAUCAAGAAAUUAGAAAAUGGUGUGCACGUAAUUAAUACAUGGAACCCACAUAACAAAAAAAAACCUCUGAAUCAUUCUCAAAGAGCACAUCCAUCACUAAAAUAACAAGAACAAAUCUUCAGAAAGACGAGCCACCCACUAAGACUUGACCUCAAAACAUACAAGCACAGAAAUGAAAAAAGCUUAACUAAACCCCUAUAAAUACUUACAAUUAUUAGCCUAUUUACAUAUUCAUAUACUCUAGAAAAAUGGAUAAAAAUAAAACAACUCAAAAGCAGAAAACGAAAGAGAAGAGCAAAGGUAACAACAACAACAAGACCAAGUUCGUGGGAGUUAGGCAAAGGCCUUCAGGAAAAUGGGUGGCAGAGAUCAAAGACACAACACAAAAGAUACGCGUGUGGCUUGGAACCUUUGAAACCGCAGAAGAAGCUGCUCGAGCCUACGACGAAGCUGCCUGUCUCCUACGUGGUUCCAACACCCGCACUAAUUUCGCAAACCAUUUCCCAAACAACUCACAAUUGUCUUUGAAGAUCAGAAACCUCCUUCACCAGAAGCAGAGCAUGAAACAACAACAACAACAACAACAACAACCAAAACAAAACAAACCCGUCUCUUCCUUUGCAGAAUACACUUCCACUGCAACUACUCUCACCUCCAACACCACCACUACCACAGUGAUGCCGCUCAACAAUGUGUACCGCCCUGAUUCAUCGGUCAUAUUACAACCAGAGCUUCCUUACACCUGGCCCCUUGUCUCUGGAUUCAACCACCAGCUUCCGAUGACUCAUGUAGGAGAAGGCGCACACGGACAUCUCAACAAUCCAAACUCAACUGAUCAACAUUUGGGUCUAGCAGAUAUUGAAAGACAGAUAUCUGCAUCCCUAUAUGCAAUGAACGGAGGUAACGGCUACUAUGACAACAUGAAUGCAGAGUGUGCAAUUUUCGAUCCAAUGGAUCCCAUUUGGGAUCUCCCUUCACUCUCUCAGCUCUUCUGCCCUACAUGAUCUCUCAUUUAACAUUUCCUUUUAAGUUACAUGUUUGUUUUUGGAUCCAUGAAUGUAAA